AUGGCAACGCCAGUCGUAGGGGCAGCGGCGCAAGUGGGAGCGAGUGGGGGCGCGACGGCAGCGAGGGCGGCGGACGCGGAGAGGGCGCAGCUGGUGCAGCAGCUGAACCUGGCGGGCGUGCGCGCGCGUGUGGCGGAGCUGCAGGGCAGCAUUGCGCGCGUCAUGGGCGCCUUCCACGAGCAGCACGUGCACCUCAAAUGGGCGGAGGCGGUGGCGGCGCUGAGUGUGGUGAGUGCGGGGCUGUACAGCCUCGUGGAUGACGUCAUGCCCAUGCUGCGCUCCUUCGCUGUCUGCCCCGCCACCGUCACCGCUCACAAUGCUGCCGUCCUGCCCAUAAUGCUGUCGUCCAAGCUGCUGCCGGAGAUGGACGUGGAGGGGCGGGCAAGAGAGGACGCGCUGAGGGGGCCACUGGCAGCGCUGCCCGUGGCGCAGCAGCUCGAGCUGCUGCAGCUGCAGGCGAAGAUGGUGGACGUGGCGUGUGAGCGCGCGGAGAAGGUCAUUCUGGAUGCGCGCAAGGCGCACGGCAUCGGGGCGCGGCAGGCGGCGGCCAGCGUGGCGGCGCUGUACGGCGCGGGCAGCACGGACAAGGCUGCUCUCGCCCGCGUCGCCGACCAGGAGAAGCUUCUCAGAAAUGCGCUGGCCACCGGCGAGGGGUUCCGAGUGGCCCCCCAGGCGGCCGCUGCUGGGCCUGCCCCUCCCGCCCACCGCGGCCACCCAGGCCAGGCAGCGCCAGCAGCAGCUGCCCUGCCGCCACACAUGCGACCGCGCAAGAGGAAGCACCCGCAUGACGCCACCACCACUGCUGCACCCGCACCUGCUGCUGCCACCGCUGCUGCCACCACCGCCACUGCCACUGCCGCUCACACUGACGUGCCUGCCUCAUCACCCGCCCCGCCUGCCUCGGCACCCCUUCCUCUGCUGCCCACCGCAUCAGCUGCUCCCUCCCUUACCCCAUCGCACCCGCUCUCCUCCGCUGCUGCUCGCCCCUCCCCGCCCACCGCCCCUCUUGCCCCCUCGGCCGCGUCGCCCUCCCCGCUCACACCUGCUGCUGCCGCCGCUGCUGCCAGUGCAGCGGGUGGGGCGGCACCGCGGCCGCCAGGUGCAGCAGCGGGGUCGGCAUCUCUGCCUGUGCGCCCCGCCACCGCUCCGCUCACCACCCCCUUGCCCUCCCUCUCCACCGCCACUCCCGUCGGCAUCGCACGCCCGUCUGCUGCAGCCAAUCCCAUGCUGACAGCUGGCGGCGGGGGCAGCACAGGAGGGGGAUCGGGGGCGCCGACGAUGCUGCUGGGCAUGCCGAGUGGCAUGCGCACGUUUGAGGGGCUGGGAGGGGCGCUGCUGGGCGUGCCGGGGGGCUGGGCUGGCGCCAUGCCCGCCUCCGCAGGCGCAGCCUCUGGAGGAGGAGCGGUGCCGCUCGGCCGAAUGCCGCCCUCAGGCUCAAGUCUGGUUCGGCCGAACGUACCCAUGGGGGGUUCUGGCCAAGCUGCAGGUGCAGGGUUGGCAGGUGCAGGCAGUACAGCAGGAGGAGGUGGUGGGGUGGGUGUGCCUGGCGCAGCAGUGGGGUCUGGUGGGGCUGCAGCAGGGGGCAUGGGCGACUUUGCUGGUGCUGGCGCCCCUUCCCAUGCAGGGCCAGCAGCGAUGGGCGGGGCAGAGGCGGCAGGGGGGGGUGUAGGAGGAGCGCUGUCAGCGCUGGGCGCCGCCAUGGGUGCAGCAGGGCCCAUAGCAGCGCCACAGAUGAGAGGAAGCUACGCUGCACCGUCCCCGGGCAACCUGGGGCAGGUGGCAUCUGCACAGAUGCACCUGGCCACGAGCCCCCCCCAGUACGGCCUGCAGGCCGGCACGGGCGGGUUGUCAGCCCCGUCGCCCCCCGUGUUCCAGGCUCCGUCGCCCGCCCUGUCGUACAACGCUCCCUCGCCACAGCUCAUGCACGCCUCCCACCCGCACUCGCCCAUGCUCCCCCUGCAGCACCAGCAGCAGCUGCAGCAGCAACAGGCAGCCUCGCCCAUGCUUCCCGGUGGUGGGGGGGGGCCGGGACACGGGGGAGCGCAGCUUCUGCAGCAGCCGAUGGCAUCGCUGAGUCAGCAGAGGCAGAUGCAGCGACUGCACCUGCAGAGGCAGAGGCAGCAGCAGCAGCAACAACAACAGCAGCAACAGCAACAACAGCAACAGCAGCAGCAGCAACAGCAUUUCAACUAG